AUGACUCUUUCUCUGGGUAAGUGCAACCUUCCUUUUUCCCCAAGGUGGUCUAAUACAUGCAUGUGUGUGCUUGGAUUUUUAAGGUGGUUUUUUUUUAGAGGUGGGGAAAAAAUAUUGAGGAUUCUACUUGUUACAUUAUGGCUCUAGUUAUCACAUCAAUUUUUUUUGUUAAUGUUGUGGAUGCAAGCUAGCACUAUUUUCUCUUAGUUAUUUCAUUUUAUCCUUCUGGGUAGUUCUCCCCUGCUCACCCUCAAAACAACCCUGUGAAGUAGGUUAGUCUGAGAAACGGUGACUAACUAAGUCACCAGGUGAGCUUCAUGUCUGAAAUGGAUUUGGUCUCCCAAGUCACAGUCCAAAGCAUGUUAUGUCUGCAUUGAGACGUUUGUGUGUGUGUCGUUAUUCGAUUCAUUAAUGCCAAAUCAUGCUAAGACAUGAAGUGGGUUUUUUAAAAAUUUUAUUUAUUUAUUAUACAUUUCAAUAAUUUUACAGCCAUUUUAACAUUUCCAAACCUGACUUCCUCCCCCCUCUUUCUGUGGUUCCUAAAAUUUAUUUUUAAUAUUUUCUGCAUAUCCAAAUUGACUUAAUUAAUUCGUUUAUUCAUCUACUUUAAAUAUAUACUCUUAUGAAACUGCAGGUUAUUACAAUAAUCCUGCCAAUGUUCUUAUCUGUUUACAAUUUGUCUGUAUAUAUUCAACAAACCAUUUCCAUUCUUUUAUUUAAAAAAAGUUUGUUAUCUUGAUUUUUUAUUUUUCCAGUAAGUUUUGGCAUUCCUGCAUAUCCCAUAAAUUUUUGUAUCCAUUCUUCUUUUGCUGGGACUUCUUCUUCUUCUUUCCAUCUUUAGGCAUGGACAUGAAGUUGCUUCUGUAAUUGGUCCUUCCCUUCCCCAUGGCAACACAAAUUAAAUAUUAAAUGAAAUAUAAUUGCUACCCUUUGCUUCCAUUCUUACUUAUCACAGGAUAUUUCCAUCUCACCCUUUCCUUCAAGGAGCUUAAGGUGGCAUAUAAAUAGUUUGCGCCCCUGUCUCUUUUACAUUGUAUCAUCACAACAAUCUCGUGAGGUAGGUCAGGCUGAGAGUGAUUUGAACCCUGGUCUCCCAGGUCGUAGUCCAACACUCUAACCCUGCAGUGCUCUCUGUCUGCCAGGGCUGGCCCACCCACGAGGCGGGCUGAGGAAGCCGCCUCAAGUGGCAGGAUCAACAGAGGCGGCAUAUCUGGAGUGUUGCCCGUCGUUGUGGUAACCAAGGUUGCUUGCGGUGCGCACCUUGGAGGCUGCAUCUACUGCCUCCCACCACUGGCUCAAUGUGCAGGCGCACCAGCCCUAUGGCAGCCACCCUAGAGCAUCACCAAUGGCAAAACACCUGUGCUAUGACGAGGAGAGUUAUGGGGAAACCGGGAGUGUAAACAAGGCGCUUCCUACAACUCUCCUCGCUGUGGUGCAGACAUCUUGCCAUUGGCGACACUCCAAGCCAGUCGCCAUAGUGCCGGUGUGCCUGUCAAAUUGUGGUCAAGGAGGUGGUGGCAGCAGGUUUUUGUAGCAGUGGCGGCAGCAAACAGGGAGGACCAGCACUUUUAGUUUGGCCUCAGGUGACAAAACGACCGGGGCCGGCCCUGCUGUCUGGUCCUUGGAACGUUCCCCAGGCCACACCCUCUCCCUAGACACCCCUCAUUGGUCCUGCCUGCUUCAUGUGGCGCAUGCUUUUGCCUGGCUGGGAUGUGUCCCUGAACCCUGCCAAUGCCUCUUUGUUGUCUGACUGGAGGCUAGAGAGGGGUGUGUGUCAAAACAAGCCUACUUUACAUGUGUUGCUCUGCCUACAUUGACCUCUGGCUCCAGGUGGCCCUUGGGAGGUGGUCCAGAAGGAAAUGCGGUCCUUGGGCCCACCCCUGCUCUAACUAACCCUUACAACCAUCAUUGGCUCUACCCUUUAGAAGUGCCCUAAAAUCCAUGUGCCACUUCCUAAUGGCAGGACUGUGUUCCUUCUUUACUGCGCAGCGUAAACAGAGGCUGCCUUGUGGGUCCUUAAAAACCUCAAACUGGCCCUGUCUUGACUCCCGAGGUUAGGGAAACAUUGACCUGAUGGAGAUCUUCAGGCAGAUGGGAAUGGCUGUCUCAAGGAUGCUGCCACAUUUUGGGAGGGAGGUUGAACUUUGAGCGAGCUUAUCUCAAGACUGAGGCAACGGGAGAGACAGAAAGCGAAAGGGAAGUGGCAGCAACGGUGGUGAGGAGCCAUAUUCAGAGAGGUGGGCCCAGUUAAAAAAACCCAACCCUGCACUGAAUAUUCAUUUGGUUCCUUUUCAGCCAGAAGUCUCCUCGUCAUUUGUGCAGGCCUGGUCCACAUCGUCUCCCCUGACUGGGAUUCACCUCUCAACACCCUCAUUGGCCAGACCUUCAACCUGGCCCGCCUCAUGAAAGCCAACAGCACCGCCCUUCUGAACACCUAUGUAAGAGCUUUGCCUUUUUUCUGGAAGAGCGGCUUCUGCGUAUGCUUCGCAAAGGUUGUUUCCCUUUCCAGCUAUUUCCCAAUAAUCCCUCUAGUUCCUCAGAAGCCUAUUACCUUGUGGGCAUUCCUCAGGAGGCAGCUUUCUCAUGAUUCCCCACUUUCCUCUGAAAUCCGGUGUGUUGGGUGGGGGUGAGAAUUUGCCGAGGGUUUUUUGUUUGUUUGCUUGUUUAACGUUACACCUUCAGUUCAAGUGCUUUGCAUGAGCUGAACAUGCCACCCAGAAUGUAACCCAGAAUCCUCUGGAUCACCCAUAGCAACAAGCAGCAAGUUGAAAGUCUAAACAUAUAUAUAUAUAUAUGUAAGUAUGUUUUUAGAAUACCUGCUCUGUUCCAGACCUAUAUUCUGCAAAAGAAAAGAAGAAAUAAAGUGAGGGCAGGAUUAUGCAAAGUAGGCAAAUGAAUCAAAUACAUAUGCAUUUCCUUAUUUCUGCCAGUCCUGGCAUGACAGAGAGAAAACUAUGCAGGGCAGUGGCACUGCUGAUAUCUGAGAAUCCUGCUCAGAGCCACCGUCCCUUGCAGUGCUUUUAAGAUUUUGCCUGCAUCUUUUCCAACCUUUCCUUGCGACGUUAAGGACUAGAAGCGUCCUUUCUCAUAAAAAUGAAAGGUUGGGAUUCUGUGCCCAGGACCAGUUCCUGAAUUUGGUUGCAGAACUACACAACACAUUGGAUAUAUGAUCAGCGUUCUUUGGUAUGGAGGACACAAGGCCCCUUUUUUAAGUCAGGGGAUAUGUUUGUAGCGUCAGUGAAGUUGUAGGAGGCUCUUUGGGUAAAAAUUUCCGAUGUAUCCUUGGGACGUUUUCAUAGGUGAGGCUCAAAUCUCCAUUAUUGUCACCAAAGCUAAAGACUUAAGAAAUGACCAGGCCAAGGUUUAUCUAGUCCAGCUUUCUCCUUCCAACAGCACCUGGUCAUAUACCUAUGGAAAAUUCACAAGCAGCUUCUGAAGGUCACAGCCCCAUCUGACUUCAUUUGAGAGCCAGUGUGGUGUAGUGGUUAAGAGCGGUAGUCUCGUAAUCUGGGGAACCGGGUUUGAGUCUCCACUCCUCCACAUGCGGCUGCUGGGUGACCUUGGGCCAGUCACACUUCUCUGAAGUCUCUCAGCCCCACUCACCUCACAGAGUGUUUGUUGUGGGAGAGGAAGGGAAAGGAGAAUGUUAGCCGCUUUGAGACUCUGUAAAGGGAGUGAAAGGCGGGAUAUCAAAUCCAAACUCUUCUUCUUCUUGCCCCCAGCAUUUGUAUAUGCAGUAUCUGUAUAUUAAGGUGGCCGCUUACGCAUAACCAACACAGAGGGUAUGCAUAACCCAAAAAACAGAGGGUGCAGAUUUGCACAAAAAUUGAUGUGCCAAUUUAUAAGUGUGCAUGCACCUUCAGAAAGAAUUGCUAUAAUUUAAAUCAAAUUAUAUGACACAUCUCACUGUCACAUUACAAGCUGGACUGAAGUAAAGCUUAGCUGGUUAGAGCGUGGGGCUGAUAAUGCCAAGGUUGCAGGUUUGAUUCCCGUAUGGGACAGCUACAUAUUCCUGCAUUGCAAGGGGUUGGAUUAGAUGAUCCUCAGAGUCCCUUCAAACUCUAAAAUUCAAUGAUCCUGUGAAAGGAUUUUAAACCUCACAUGUGUAAUCACUGAGGGUUAGGGCUUGUGGACCAAACUUGGCCCAUGAAACCGUUUUCCCCAAGCAACACCCACUUGCUCCGCACCCGGUGUCAGGAGCUGUACAGGUAGAAAAACGGCUGCCGGUGCACAACCAAGAGCCUUGAAGUGCUUGUGACUUUGGGGCUUCAAAGCGCCCAAUCACCUGUUAUCAUUAAGAUAACAGGUGCCUUCCACUUGCUGAAUUUGGCCCGUGAGGCUGGGAUCUCCUAAGGAUCUGGCUCCCCACCUCUGGUGUAAAUGCUCUGUGCUGGAAAGAGGGCAGGUGGUCUACUCCUUUCCCUCAAGGCAAGGCCACCAAGCUCCAUGCCUUUCACCAGAUCAAGCUUCGGCCCUGCAGGACUCAGAAAUGCUGCAGACUGGGCUCCAGUCCUGGCAACGUAACCAAACAGGCUGUGCCCGCCUCAGGCUACAGGCUAAAGGCACCCGCAGCCAAAGCAGCACCGAGCCCUUUCCCUUCUGGCGGAUCCAGAGCAAACCUGUAUCGCCAGCAGGAAACAGCACGGAAAGGUUGCCCGCGGCUGCUCCAUUGUUCUCGCAACGCUUGUUCCUUGACUUUGCAACAUGAUCGAGGGAGAGAGGAGUCACUGGUCGCCCCCCCCCGCCAAAGCUGCAAUCGAGAGCACAAAUCUCCCGCUCUCCGGUGGCCGCUCCUUCGCCUUUAUUCUGAUCCCUGCACGCAGUGGCUGAGUGCCCAAAGAUUUGCUGUGCCCUGCUUCCCGCAACCUGCCUGGGCACAAGAUGCCAGAUGUAGGGAGGUCAUUGCAGCCUGGGCUCUGGCGUGCAGCCAAGCUGCCAACGGCAUCCUCGUAAAAGGGUGGGGGGAAGAACUCAGGUGGAACUACGGCCGGCUGAUCUGGGGAACAACGAAAGGCCUGUUUUUGUUGGCCUUCCCUGCAAGGAAUUCCAAAGGGAUGAAGGAGCCUGGUACUGGUGGGUGCCACCCCCAGGAUUUCUGAGAAGUGACGAGGGCACAUUUCGCAGCAGGCACCCUCGAGCCCACAUGCACGUCUGCUGCUCAUAAUAUUUAACCCCUUUGAAAAUUGUCUACCUUUUAGGUAGUGGAAACAAAGGAAGUUGGCUUAAAAUGAGCCAGGUCAUCGGUCCAUCUAGCUCAGAAGCUCUCCAGAGUCUGAAGCAGGGGAUUUUCUCAGCCCCAGACUUUCCUGGAGAUGUUGAGGAUUGAGCCCGGAAUUGUUUGCAUGCAAAACACAUGCCCCGCCACUGAGCCAUAGGCCUUUCCCUGAACUUCUGGUGGUUUCCCUGGAAUACAUUUCCCACAUCGGUUUUCCUGUCCCAUGCCUUUGGCAGAGUCUCAACAGGUUUUCCUGGCAUGUAGGUGCCAGGGGCCAGCAGCCCCAUAAAAACGGAGCGUGUCGGGAGACAGCGCAACCUUUAUUGACGGUUAUUUCUCCAGCGCAUUCCUGCACCAGCUUUCUUCUGCUUGGAGGUUACGGGUGAUUGAGUGGCGUACAAAUCCUGUUAAAUUGAAAAACACAACCUCUCUCUUUCUCUCUGUUCCCAGCUGAGUCACCAAGGCAGCCCGUUUAGCGACUCCGGCUUCGAUGCCCGGAGGCUGCGCUACGAAGGGGUGCCAACGGCCGCCAUCCCGUUCCUGGAAUGGCGGACUCUCAGCCACGUCAAACGUGUGGAGAAGAAUUACGAGGCCUAUACCGCCUUCGCGGAGUUCCUGCAGCUGGUGCGGGACGACCAGUUUGAGCUCAACCCCACCAAAGUGGAACUUCUGGAUAUGCUGAAGGUGACUCGCUUGCGCAUCCAAGGCCUCCUCAGCAACUUGACAGCCAUCAUGUCUGCCUUGGGAGCGCCGCCCGCUGCCGUCACGGACCCCCUCAUGCUGGAGUCUGUGGAAGCCGACAUGUUCGAAAAGAAAGUCCGGGGCUACGUGGUGUGCCACACGUACAAAGAGUGGAUUGACAGGACGGUGAAAGACUUCUCUCUCCUCGCGGAGAAAUUCCCAGCCUAA